UCUGACUCAGAUCCGUUUCCGGCAGAUCAUCGCGAUCCACUCCCCCGUAAGGGAUGUCAACAAUCAAUAUCCGCGAGCUGGUCGAGCUGCGCCCUUGCGUCGGCCUGAUCCGUGGCUGCCAUGGCAGACGGAGGACUGCGUGGUGUGCAUCGUGGUGCUCUGCAUCCUCCCUGCUCUCAUUUAAGAAUGCUCCCCGUUCAGCCUCAGCCGCUGCCCUCAUCGCGCAAUGCCUCCACGAUCGGUUUCCACGCGUGAAAUCGCCCGCCACAAUGGGGCCGAUGACUGCUGGCUGGUCGUCAAUAAUCAAGUCUGGGAUCUGUCCGAUUUCGCCCCCAACCACCCUGGCGGUGCCGAGACAAUCCUGCGCUACGCCGGUCGCGAUGCCACCGCCGCCUACAACGAAGUCCACGGCCCAGCGACGAUCAAGAUACUUCCUGCGACGCAAUUGAUCGGCCAGCUCGACUUGUCGUCAGUUGACGAGACGUGGACAAGCAAAUCCACCAUCCAAGCCCCCUCUGGAGAUACUCGACCACCUCUGGACGCCAUCUUCAGCGCCCACGACUUCGAGGAUGCCGCCCGGUCCUCCCUAUCCAAGAAAGCCUGGGCCUUCUACUCCAGCGCCGCCACCGAUCUGAUCUCCCACGCCGCCAACCAGUCUUUCUACCGUCGCAUCUGGAUGCGGCCGCGACUGCUGCAGAAUGUUCUCAGCGUCAACACGCAAACCACCGUUCUGGGCGCCCCGUUCGCUCUCCCCGUCAUCGCGGCGCCCGUCGCGCUCGCCCGCCUGGCCCAUCCCACCGGCGAGAAGGGCAUCGCCAGCGCAGCUGCCAGCAAAAGUAUCGGAUAUUGUAUCCCCAUCACCGCGUCAUUCCCUGCCGAAGAAAUCACCGCCACUGCCCCCGACCAUCCCUACUUCUUCCAACUGUACGUGAACCGCGAUCGCGUCGCUUCGGAGGCCAUCCUGCACCGCAUCUGGGGCCUCGGCGUCCGCGUCCUCUUCGUGACAAUCGACACCCCCGUGCCGGGGAAGCGGGAGGCCGACGAGCGGGUGCGCUCCGACGAGGCCAUCUCCAUGCCGAUGACAGGCACGCGGGCCAGCCAGGACCACAAGGGCGGCGGCAUCACGCGCACGACGGGGUCGUUCAUCGACGAGACACUGUGCUGGGACGAUCUGGCGUGGGUGAGGGCGCACUGGCGCGGACGGCUGGUGCUGAAGGGCGUGCAGUCGGUGGAGGACGCGCUGAUGGCCGUCGAGGCGAGAGUCGAUGGGAUUGUACUCAGCAACCACGGCGGGCGAAACCUGGACACGGCGCCGCCGGCCCUCCUGACCCUGCUCGAGCUCGGUCGGCACUGUCCACAUGUGCUGCGCGAGACCGAAGUCUUUGUGGACGGGGGCAUCCGUCGAGGAACCGAUAUUCUGAAGGCGAUCUGUCUGGGGGCGCGGGCGGUGCUGAUCGGUCGGCCGGUGAUGUAUGCGCUCAGCUACGGGAAGGAGGGCGUCGAGCACUUGAUUGACAUCUUCGGGUCCGAGUUGCAAGCGGCGAUGAAACUGGUCGGCAUUACGGAUCUGUCGCAGGCGCACCGAGGGAUGCUAAACACGCAGGACCUGGACCAUCUGGUUGUGCGGGACUUGACGCGACGCGCAAAGAUUUAACGACUUGGUAGACGAGAGCUAUAUAGUUGUAUAUCAAAUGGAGUAUGAAAAAUAUGAAUAUUGGAG